AUGUUCCUCCCUCCUCUCCAAACCCUAAUCCUGAGACUGAGACGCCCGCUUCCCAAAACCCUAACCCGACGAGCAAGGAUUUCGCCCGCCAUGUCCGUCAACCUCCAAACGCACGCUUUCGCCGGCAACCCGCUGCGCUCCAAGCUCGCCAGACCGGCGGGCCCUUGCUCUCCCGGCUCUGCUCUCGAGACCCUCAAGUCCCUCCUAGCCGCCGGCGCCGACGAGGCGUCGUCGCCUGGUUUCAAGGUCUUGGCCUUCAGAAAGGGCCGGCCUUUGGCUCGGUCCUUGGAGCCCGUGUCGGACACUCCGCCAAGAUGGCGUCUUGGAUGGGUUCCCCCCUCCAAAUUUAAUGAUUCGUCGGUGGGCGACUUCGUUUAUCUGGGGCCGGGGUCCGAGGGGGACGCCGACACGGUGUAUUGGGCUAUCGACGUCUCUUCUUCUCCUUCCGGUGUUGGAUUGGGCGGUGGGGGUGAUGAUGGCUUGUGCUUUGUGGAGCUGAGGACUUUGAUGGUUGCUACUGAUUGGGCAGACACUCAUACCAUGGGAGAAUUGGCAAUUGCGGGUCAUGCUCGGGCACUACUAGAGUGGCAUAAUGUGUCACGUUUUUGUGGGCACUGUGGAGCCAGCACAGUCCCCAUUGAGGCGGGGAGGCGGAAGCAAUGCACAAAUGAAUCCUGCAAGAAGAGAAUUUAUCCUCGAGUUGAUCCUGUUGUCAUUAUGCUAGUCAUUGACAAAGCAAAUGAUCGAGCACUUUUGAGUCGCCAGUCAAGAUUUGUACCCCGUAUGUGGAGUUGCCUUGCUGGUUUUAUAGAGCCAGGGGAAAGUUUGGAAGAAGCAGUGAGAAGAGAAACCUGGGAAGAGACUGGUAUUGAAGUGGGCGAGGUUGUUUAUCAUAGUUCUCAACCAUGGCCUGUGGGGCCAAACAGUAUGCCAUGUCAGUUGAUGGUGGGAUUCUUUGCAUAUGCAAAAUCAUUUGAAAUUCAUGUUGACAAAGCAGAAUUAGAAGAUGCUAAAUGGCACAGCAGAGAAGAUGUCAGGAAUGCAUUGACCUUUGCUGAAUACGAGAAAGCACAAAGGACGGCUGCCUUCAAGGUCAACCAAAUGUGUAAGGGUGUCGAGAAAGGUCAGAACUUCUCGACAGACUUCAAUGUGGAGAGUGGGGAGCUGGCUCAGAUGUUUAUUCCUGGACCCUUUGCCAUUGCACAUCAUCUGAUCUCUUCAUGGGUUCAUGAAGGUGCACCUGGUAACACCGAAUUGUUGCCGAAACAGUUGAAUUCCGUGUCAAACUUAUGACUCUGCUCCUGAGUCACUUCAUUUUUCUGUGAAAUAACAUCUUUGUCAUCCUGACAGACAGAUUUGCUGGCAUACCGCUGAACUGCGCUCCAUGACCGGGCCUCCAAAGUUUGCUUUUGAUUUUCACAUUUUUAUACAUUGGCACCUCGUUAAGGGGAUCAUAUUGAUGUUCCUAGGCUAUCUUUUUGCUGGUUUCAUGCUUUCUGUAUUUUGCGGUCUAUUUGCAAUGAUACCAUGCUGCUUAUUACUUCUAGUAAGUUUUUUUUU